AUGUUUAAUCUGAGGCACUUAGAAAGGUGUGCAGAGAGGCCACUUGGGAAAAUAGAGUGGGCCCCAAUUGAGAGUCCUACGAUAAUCCAAGGAAAUAAGACACUUCUCCCAGAAAGAAAGAGGGUGCAGUUAUUCGGGCUGACAAUGAAGAGUUCCCUGCAUGACUUUGACUGCAUGUGGGAGAAGUAA